AUGCCGUCUCAUGUUGAUGAGGACGCUCCCGAGGACGCUCCGCUGCUCGACGACGAUGAGCGACACGACGAGCCGCUGCCCACCUGGCCGCGCAUCAGGGCGAGGUCGUGGCAGGCCAAGACGCCCGGCUCCAUUGUGCUGCUCGCCGCGGCCGUCAUGUUCUGCGUCACGUCGAGCGGCAUGCUCAUGCUCAUUCCCCUCUACCGCCUCAUCGAGGACGCCCUCUGCCACGCCCACUACGCCGACAGCUCUCACACCAUCAUCGAUGAGAUGCAGUGCAAGGGCGACGAGGUGCAGUCGCGUCUGGCCUACGUGCUGGGCUGGUUCGGCCUCUUCAACUCCAUCAUGACUCUGCUCGUCUCUUUCCCCUUUGCCCUGCUCGCUGACCGCAUCGGUCGCAAGCCAACCGCCCUCAUGGCCUACGGCGGCACCGCCCUCUCCUUUUGCUUUGCCCCCUUUAUGCUCGGCAAGAUGCAGGCCAGUGUCCGCAACAACCCCUACUUGCUCAUGAUCGGCUCGCUCUUCCUGCUGCUCGGUGGCGGCGUUCCCACUUUACUGGCCACAGUGUACGCCAUGGCGGCGGAUGUGAGUUCCGAGCAGGAAACAGCCGCGAGCUUUCUUUACCUGAGCUUUGGCUCCACCGCCGGCGCCCUCAUUGGCCCCAUGCUGGCCGGCCUUCUCAUGGAAAAGUACGGGCCAUGGAUCCCCGUCUACGUCGUCCUGGCAGUCACCCCUGCAAUCCUCUGCAUCUUCUUCUUCAUCCCGGAAACCUUGGUCGCCAGGCCCGGGACCCCGAGCAAGGCCCAGCUCGUCGACAUCAAGGAACUUGUCGGCAGCGGACUGCGUGACUUGGGUCGCUCUUUGGAAUUGGUCAAGAACACAAACAUCCUGCUCGUUCUCGUCUUGUUUCUGUUCCAAAACGCCAGGUUCACGGCGUAUACGUCGACGCUGACACAAUACAUCAGCAAAAAUUUUGGGUGGAAGUUUUCCGAGACAAGCAUCUUGCUCUCCCCGCUCGGCAUACUCAAUCUCGCCGUUCUAGCCGCUCUGCCCAGGGCAUCCCAGGUGCUCAUGUCGCGGCGCUUUCGCUCCACGGUUUUUGGCACGGACCUUUUCCUGACGCAGGCCUCCACGCUCCUCAACCUCGUAGGUGCUCUCGUACAAGGGCUCAGCUCCAAUGCCUCUGUCUUUAUCAUGGGCCUGUUCAUCGGUACGUUUGGAUCUGCCGACAGCCCCUUAGCUCGCGCGACCGUGUCUCAUCAUGUCGAUGCCGAGCAUACGACGAGGCUCUAUGCUCUGAUUGGCAUGGUGGAGGUCCUGGGGUCUUUCUUCGGCGGUCCGGCCUUGGCCCGGCUUUUCGACUUCGGCCUACAGAGAAAGGGCGUGUGGACGGGACUACCUUGGUUCUACGUUGCUCUGCUUUGCGCCGCUUCCCUCGUCGCCUUGCUCUUCGUUGAACCGCCAGGGGCGAAGCUGUAUACAGAUCAUGGUUUGAGUCAGUCAGAUGAAGAUGAGGUUUCCAGCCCCGCCGCCAACUCCGCAACAGAAAUUCAUGUCUUGCGCCGUGUGCCCGGUGGGUGA